CCGCGCGCGCACCUGCUAUGGAGUCCCAGUGCGACUACUUCAUGUAUUUCCCGGCCGUGCCCUUCCCGGCGCGGGAGGUGCUGCUGGGCGAGCCAGGGCGCUACCGGGCGCUGCCGCGGCGCAACCACCUUUACCUGGGCGAGACGGUCCGCUUCCUGCUGGUGCUUCGCUGCCGGCCGGGGGGCGCCGGUGGGGAGGGUGGCGGGAGGGCGCCCUGGGGGGAGUUGGCCGGGUCCCUCUCUGCCCUGGCCAGCGUUAGCCCCGGAGCCAGCCUGGGCAGCGAGGCGACGCUGGGCGGAGACCCCGAGCCUUCCCGCGAAGACGACGAGGACGCGGCCCCCGGGAGCCUCUUCCGCGAAUGCCGGGCCUUGCUGACCCACGGCCAGGGGACCCCCGGGAGACCCGCCGCAGGAGUGCCCAUGGAAGAGCCCAUCGUGUCCACGGACGAGGUCAUCUUCCCCUUGACCAUCUGCCUGGACAAGCUGCCCCCAACCACCGUCAAGGCCAAGAUCGUGGUGACGGUUUGGAAGCGGGACCAGGAGAAGGCGGAGGUGCGGGAGCGGGGCUACCUCAGCAUCCUGCAGGAUCGCGCCCCCUCACAGAUCUUCCGGGAAGAGCAGGGGGCUUUCAAGGCGCAAGUGAGCACCAUGCUGACCGUCCUUCCCCCUCCGGAGCUGAAGUGUCAACCCCUGAAUGUGUCGGGGAAACACUUGACGGUACUAAAAGUUUUGAACGCAGCUUCGCAGGAGGAGCUCUCUGUGUGGGACGUGCGGAUCCUGCCCAAUUUCAACACAAGUUACCUUCCUAUGAUGCCAGAUGGGUCCGUCUUGCUGGUUGAUGAUGUCUGCCACCAGUCGGGGGAGGUGUCCAUGGGCUCCUUCUCCCGGGUGCCCUCAGCCACAGCCUCCUGCCCCUGCUCCCUGCGGGCCCUGGAGGAGCAGAACUUCUUAUUCCAGCUGCAGGCCCCCGAGCAGCCCCCGCCAGACAGCGCCAAGGAGGGCCUGGAAGUCCCUCUCAUCGCCGUGGUCCAGUGGUCAACCCCCAAGCUGCCUUUCACCUCCAGCAUCUACACCCACUACAGGCUCCCCAGCAUCCGCCUGGCCCGCCCCCGAUUUGUCAUGACAGCUGAGUGCGAGUCUCCGGUCGCCCUUCACCGCCGCUUCACCGUCACCUACACCCUCAUCAAUAACCUGCAGGACUUCCUGGCCGUGCGCCUGGUUUGGACUCCGGAGAGUGCGGCUGCUGGCAAGAAGCUGUCCUGCGAGGAACGGCGCGCCAUCCAGGAUGCCCAGGACGCCAUCGUCUGCCACACACCGCUCAACAACUUGGGGUUCUCCCGGAAGGGCAGCGCCCGUACUUUCUGUGUCACCUUCCAGGCACUGCGUGCCGGGUUGUACGAGCUCUCCCAGCACAUGAAGCUGAAGCUGCAGUUCACCGCCAGCGUCUCGAACCCACCUCCCGAGGCCCGGCCCGUCUCCCGCAAGAGCAGCCCAGGCAGCCCAGCUGUCCGGGAGCUGGUGGAGCGCCACCAGGCCAGUCUGGGCCGCUCGCAGAGCUUCUCCCACCAGCAGCCGGCCAGGGGCCACCUCAUGAGGUCAGGCAGCGUCAUGGAGCGCCGAGCAAUCACUCCCCCUGUGGGCUCCCCCGUGGGGCGCCCUCUCUACCUGCCCCCCGACAAGGCUGCUCUUUCCCUGGACAAGAUUGCCAAGCGGGAGUGCAAGGUGCUGGUGGUGGCCCCCAUCACGUGAUGUGAGGGGGAGACCACCCCCCUUUCCCUGCCCUCCUCAGAAAGGGAGAUGCUGCCUCCUGCCUUGCAAGAGAACAAACCUCCUGCCUCCCCCAAGCCCAAACCUGCAAACACCCCAGUGCUGCCCCCCAUGAAAUAAAAGCCGCGCAUGUGACCCCUCCAGGAAAAAUCUCAGCACACCCAAUAAAUGUGGGGGGACCUUCCACUUCUCCCUGGUGUUC